AUGGCAUCAGCUGCUACACCAGCAUCUCCUUCUACCAAGGAGACAACCAACUAUGCCCGACUCUGUCGCCUUCUGGUGGAUGUUGGAUCCCAAGCCUUGAGAGACACUUUUGAUGCCAUUCACCCUCCAGUAGGACUUCAUACAGUUUUGGGGCGUCACCCAGAGCAUGCAACACUAAAGUCUCUAAAGAACAAGAGGAUCUUGAAUCCUACACAAUGGGGGAAGCUGUAUCCAACUAUUCCAUCAUCUGUUUCAUCAGCAGGGUUUGAUAUCACACUACUGAUGGUGUUACUGAGGAACAUCUGUAAAUUGGCUCCUCCCAGCACUGGAUGGGACAGUCUUCCCCCUCCUGCAGACGUGAGUAAGCAGGCCAACAUCGCCAGGUUGAAAUACUACCGUAAUACUGUGUAUGGCCAUGCCAGUCAAGCCUCUGUGGACGAUGCUGCAUUCAACAACUACUGGCAGGACAUUAGCAAUGCCAUAGUGGGACUGGUAGGAGCAGGUUAUGGAGCUGCUAUCAGUAAGCUUAAGAAUGGGUGCAUGGACCCUGACACUGAAGAACACUUCAGACAGCUGCUGAAGCAGUGGAAGGAAGAUGAAGACAAUAUUAAAGAAAAGCUCCAAGAUAUUGAAGGUAAAUGUAAUUCGUACUGAAGAAUGUAACCUUAAUCAAGCAAAAGGUGUCAGGAGGAAUGACAAAAUCAGCCCGGACAUUUAAGCUUUGAUUUCUGUAGUUAUGCAUCAGUUACAACUUUUCAAUGUUACCCACUGGUCAUCUACAGUCGCCAUAAUUCAUAUUGGCCAGGAAUAUUCGAGAAAAUCUUCAUCUAAUCAGAAGCAAAAUUAAAACCAAUCACGAUACAAUGGUAAACAGACAGGUGCUGAAGAUUAAGAAAACAAAUCCGAUUCGGGAUAUACCGCUUGAUUAAAUCCAGAUUCUCAAAAACAGCUCAAGAUAAAGAAAAAUAUAUUUUUUCACUUGCUACGAGCGUGGGACAUGAAAAAUCGAACCUCGGACCUUUGGAUUCCGCGUACCAAUGCUCUACCACUGAGCCACAGAGACUCUAUGGUGAGCUAAGCCCAUUACACAGUUCAUAUAUGACACGCGUCCUGCAUGCUGCUAGGAUCAGCAAUGUCGAAAGCGACAUGUUUUUAUAAAGAAUAAGAAAGAUGGUAAAUUUUAAGCUUGGUAAAAGAAAUAGAGAAAGAUGUUUUUCGUUUUGUCCCGAGCGUGUGAAAAAGAAAAAAAACAAAAUAAAAGAGAUAGAGAAAGAAAACUCUAGGAUGCACAUUAAACAUCAAAAAAGACCUUAAUCCGGUGAGAUGUGAGGUUAGAAAUAUUGUGGAAAAAUUGGAUACGAUGAUGGCUCGACAACAGGAAACUAAGGAUCGAGGUAAGUUUUUGACGAAACUCCAUCCCUCUCGCUUAAUCUCUGAUCGAAAAUAGAUUAUCUUUUGGCAUGAGGUUUAUCAAUCUUUAGCACAAAUCUUUGUUAGUUUUUAACGCUUGUUUGAGUGUUAUUUGUAUCUGAGAAGAAAUUUCAUCGUUUCAAUGAGGAUUUAGACUCAAUUUCUAAGGGAAAGCCCUAACCCAUAAAACUCUGAAAUACGCUUUUACCCUCAGGUAAACUGACGAGAUGAUGAGAAGUGAAGUUGGAAACAUACAUGACAAGUUGAAGAGUUUCAUGAUGGCCCGACAAGAGGAAACGCAACUUCAAGGUCAGUCCCUAUGGCAGCUAUGAAUUUAAGGGCGAUUCAUCUAUGGAAAUGCUAAGCUUUGGGAGAGUUAUUUCUAAGUGAGUGUUCAUAAGAAGAAGAACGUUGCAUUUUUCGAGUGAACUACAUUAAAACAGAUUAAACCUAUAUAACCUCGUGGAAAGAAGAAAAGCGCUCGUUGUUACCGUAGGGAUUAAGAGUGCCGAUUUGGAGGAUAAAUUUUUCUUCUGGUGUUUUGCAGCUUUCUGAACCGCCUAGAUGAAGGGAAAGGCCGCAAACUGCCAUAUGUUGUUUAGAACGAUAAGGGAGACUAAAGUGUCUCAUUGUUUGUGUAAAACCGCGGUUUGGGUUAGACCUCGUUUAAAGGAGCGGCCCCAAAGUCUGUAAACCAACGAGGCUCAAACUGCACAUAAUAAACUAGCCAAAUGCACUAGCAAAACUUGGCAUGUGAUCGCACGGAAAUCAUGAACAAUACAAUAAAAAGGUGCUGUUUGUUUCCGAAACAGAUUAUAAAGAACAAAAAUUUGAACGAAAAUUCUGAAGAUAAGCAAUGAAUAAUGCUUAAUUUUCACUGAAAGUAGACCUGUGUCUUGAGGGUGCGAAAAGAUGCUCUUUAGAAGGAUUUGCAAUAAGACCUCUCAUCGCCGUUUGUGCAACUGGCGGGGCUAUCAUGUUUAGGUUUUGCUCUACAGUCCUCUUCCGGGCACAGCCGCCUAUUAAACCAUCGUCAUCCACGUGUGGAAAUAGUUACUGAAACCUCUGCCAAAGCCAUUUGAUAUGUUGCACAACAGAGAUGGGAAUUAAUGUUAAUGUUUAGCAAUGACGUUAAGUUAUUUUUGAAAAGUUUAUUGUUUUUCAUACACGAUGUAUUUUAAAUGGAGUGGCCAUCAGUUAACGCUUCUGCUCCGCUAAUAAUAUUGAAAUGUUCAUCCUCAGGGGAUUACCUUGAUCCAAUCAAAAUUGAUGUUCGAAACGUGAGUCACAGGUUGGACGAUUUGGUGGCACAACAAAGAGCAACUGAGCAGCAAGGUGCGUACUGCGCUAACUAACUGACAAUUUGAAUACUGGCUCCAGUUAGUUUUUAAGGGCGAGGCUUGAAUCAGUUAUCACACAUGAAACUGAGAGCGAAAAAUCCAAAAGUUUAAUUUAAUCUAAAAGUCAUGCAAGACUUGGAAAAAAGGCAGGCUCGUGUUUUUAUUGAAUAUUAAUACAAAUGGACCAUCCCCUGUGCUGUUUACAUUUCUUUCUAUCUGUCACGGAAUAAAUAGUGAGUAGCCUAGCCAAUCAGAUUGCAGCAUUUGCGAGCGAACGUAUAUUUACACUAAACCCAAUAAUAUCAGCGCAUGGGGAGAAUAACAAAAAAUUAGUUUGAAAUAUUGGGGUAGGAAUCAGUUACAGCAAUUGUUAUUUCAUCACAAAUUGAAUCAGAUGCCUCCAUGGGAAAAAUAAACCCAUCAUAAUUUACCUCACAUCCAACGUGUGGCUUCGUAGUUCAGUUGUAAGCAGCACGGUAUCUCAUGAGGAGCUUUGGCCCCGAAAAGAAUUCGCAGCACGCAUUCUACAGGGGCGCGAUCAUUUCUGUCAUCGGUGUAGAGAAUUACUUUAACGCUUGCAGUCGGUAGGUGUCAAUGCGGUUAUUAAAACCUGUUGAUUUUAACUUAGGGCCAGUUUACAUGGAGGUGGGGGACCCCAAGUAGGUGAGGUGACCCGCCUAGGUGAGGUUACCAGCCUUUCCAUAUAAUCUCUCAUUUUAUCUUGAUCACGUUUACAUGAUAGGUGGGGUAGCCCGCCAAGGCGGAUUGCCCGGUCUGCCAGAUAGAGUAACCCUGUAUGCCGGGGUGACAAUUUGCCAUGUAAACGUCCCAAGAUGGGGUAACCCACCUAGCCGGGGUCGCGUUCAUGGCAUAAAGCUCAACACGUAUGUUUUAAAACUUUGUACAUUUCGUAACCGUCUCAUGGUAGAAAUUACCAGAAACCGCAACAGACACACAAGGAGUGUAAAAUUUUUACAUUUUGGAAUAUUUAGCGUUGUAAAUCGACCAUAUUUCGUUUCCCAAACUAUUCCUUAUAACGUAUUCAGUCUACGAUUCCUCGCGUAACCUAACACCGCGUAACACAACGCGUGACGCUUUCAUGAAUAAAUACAAAUGUGUCCGAGAAUUAAUCUUUCGUCUUUCUCGAGAUGUGAGCUUGGGACGCCUAUGCUGAAACUCCCUAAUUGCAAGCACAACAGCAACCUCAAGAAACCUCACCCCAGCACCCCGAGGUUGUAAGAUUGCAUGUAAACGCGUUUUAUUUUUCGACCACGGCUAGGCGGGUUACCUCAACUACCCGGGGUCCCCCACCUCCAUGUUAACAGGCCUUUAAAGGUUCACCUGAUAACUAAUACCUCAUCUAAUUUUAAAAGCGCGAAUUUCAAUUACGAAACCACAAUAAAUCUUGGAACGGAAUCACUUGGCGCAAUCUCUUCAUGGAGGCCAAAGUCUUCCAUCGAUCGGCUGAGUUUUCUAGAGUUACGGGAUACAGUCUCAACCAGAUGUGCUAACGAAAAGUUAAUGUGGAAUCAAGCCGAUUGCUUUUGCAAAGAACGAAGUCUUUCGUCGAUUCCCCGAUGACUGCAAUACGUUCUGUCCCACCAGCAGUUCUCAACCGCGCCAACAAAGGCUGUUCGUUAAAUACCACGUCACCAAACAUGUUGUAUGCUCAUUUGGUCUCUGUGCCGGAUUAAUUAGACAGCGAGAAUUUCCUGCAGAUGCAUUCGUGAGGUCUCAAAAUGUAAUGUUGGAAACUGCGCGAUACGUCAAUUAUUCUUAAUUUGAUUGACAUUUAUAAGUGAUUUCGUUUAACAAACAGCAUGUAUGCGGCACGUAUUUUAUUGCCCCUUAUAUGGCAUUGUUCCACUUGCUUACAGCGGACGUUCAGUGCGUAUUUUUUCGAAUAAGUCGAGAGUUGUGAGUGGGAGUUAACCAAAGCGUUGAAAUAGAAUCGUUAAAUCAAGUGAAUAAUCCGUGACUUAAUUAGGAAGCGUGGUACAGCCUUUUCACGUUUUCGACAAUAAUCCUGUUAAAUCAAAUCGCUCUCGACCGUACACUUUAGGUGGGAAAUACCUCUGGUCGAAUAAUCAUGGGGAAUUGCAGAGAUGUCGGUCAAGAAUAGCCGAGCUUGACAAAGACAUUCGGGAACCAGUAAAGGAUAAUGAUUAUAUAAGUUAACGGUGGAUGCCUCAACUUUCAGUCAAAAGAAAGAGUCCAGGCAAAGAACGGUCUCCUGAUAUUAACUAGUGUGAAUUCAAUUUUUUCGUUUCCUACCUGAGGGUUAAUUUUUAAUCUCUCCUAUACCCUCUCGGAUAGUGCAUACCUGAGGGUUAUUUUUAAUCUCUACUCUACCCUCCUGGGUAGUGUAUACCUGAGUGUUACCUUUAAUCUCAAAUAUACCCUCUUGUGUAGUGUAUACCUGAGGGUUAUUUUCAAUCUCUUCUAUACCCUCUUGGGUAGUGUAUACCUGAGGGUUAUUUUCAAUCUCUUCUAUCCCCUCUUGGGUAGUGUAUACCUGAGGGUUAUUUUCAACCUCUUCUAUAUCCUCCUGGGUAGUGUAUACCUAAGGGUUACUUUAAAUGUCUCCUAUACCCUCUUGGGUAGUGUAUACCUGAGGGUUACUUUUAAUUUCUACUAUACCCUCUUGGGUAGUGUAUACCUAAGGGUUACUUUAAAUCACUACUAUACCCUCUUGGGUAGUGUAUACCUAAGGGUUACUUUUAAUCUCUUCUAUACCCUCUUGGGUAGUGUAUACCUGAGGAUUAUUUUUAUGGUCUUCUUUACCCUCCUUCACGGCAGUUCCGUUAGACGAUAUUCAUAAGCGUGGAUUUGCUUACAAUAACCUUAAACGUUGUUUUAGAGAAACGUGAAGCCUAGCUUCUACCCUGUUAUAGUCAAUUUUGGCAAGAGGGUUGUCUUCGGAAAAGCUAAAAAUGCCGUUCCAAAACCUUCGCAUUUUAAAGGUCAUUUUGCAUUGUGCCGAAGCAUGUAGACGGAGCAGGGAGACCAUCAGUUGAAAGCGAUGUAUAUUCUCUGGAUUAUCUAAUCAUCACAGUUUCCGGUCCUUAAAAGUUCAAAACCAUUACCUGUGUAAAGAAGGGUUUGUCUGAGUUAGCCUUACAUAGGCCUAGGCCUUUGAUCAUGGAGAUAAAAUCAGCUUUACCAGUGCCGCUUUUAAGGCAAUUUUUGAGUUUCUUCUUUUACGUGUUUCAAAUUGUUCCUGUUAUAUGUUGCUCUAACAUUUGGCCAGGACUAUUUGUGGACCUUGUGUUAACGAUUUACCGUUGUCUUCUUUAAGACAUGCAUUGUUUCUACAAAGAAAAUAAGCUUAGCGUACCGCCCCUUAGGUUAUUUCGAAUUAGAUCCGUUAAGUUUCCUCGAGGAAUUUCCCAGAGCUCUUGUUUCUGGACAAUGUGCGAACAAAGUAGUGUUGCAUCUGGAAAAUGAUUAGAAAUGUAAUUAUGGGAAGUUGCAGUUUUUUUUUCAUUUCAUUCGGAAGCACGGGUUCGAAUUUCAUCGAAGCCUGAACCUUUUCACAGAUUUAUUCCUGUAACUUUUAAAAUUAUCGCUUACCUGUAGGUAUCAUGGCUUUAUUUAUCACAGAAUGGUAAUAAAUAACAGUCACUGGCAUUGUAGAGGAUCCAAACCUCAAACUUUUCGAUUUCAUUUUACCAACUGAGCCAAAGAGGCAAGUUAGAGAAUCAUCUCAUCUUCCAGGCUGAUUUUUUGACCAAGAUCUGGCAUAUAGUUAACAUGACGCAGGGAGAGGAAGCGGGCUGAUAAAUUUUUAGGCUUUUUCGUAGAGACUAUGUAAAGAUCUCUCAAUUUUAAAAUCAGAAAUUAUCAUAGGACAGUUGAUAAUUAGUAUUUAUGUAAACGAUCUACCAGAUGUUUGUCAAAAUUGUUCAACUGCUUGCUACGUGGAUGACUAAGCUCCUAUUGUCUUUGACCGUGAACGACUCUGCUUGGAUCACUCAAAGUGUUAAUUCCGACUUACAACGGAUUCGCAAUUGGUGUUUCAACAAUUGUUCGAUGCUUAAUUCAGAUAAGACGAAACUAAUAGUUUUUGGCAGCCGAAGAAUGUCUUCCAAAUUACUGGACUUUAAAUUAUCCCCACUAGGAAAAGACAUCAACCCGGCUCAAUCAGUCAAAGACCUUGGAGUAAUUCCUGAUCCCACUCUAUCUUUUGAUAAUCAUAUUUCUACUGUAGUAUCGUCUUGCAUGUCGAAAUUAUCUCAAAUAAGCCGUAUUACGUUUUCGAUAAACAACUGCUUGAAACCAUGAUAAACGCGUAUGUUUUCAGUAAACGAUAUUACUGUUCAUCAGUAUGGUCAUCCACCUCAGCCUGUAAUAUUCGUAAAUUGCUAUACGUUCAAAACUUUGCCGCGCGAACUAUCUGCAACGUAAUGAAGUAUGACCAUAUCUCUCCUGUAUUAAGAAACUUACGUUGGCUCCCUGUAAAAACACAACUGUAUUGCCGAGAUGCUACUUUAACAUUUAAAUGUAUGACGGAUCAAGCCCUGGAAUACUUAACAUCUAUGUAUAUAACAAGAGGCAGCGUAUCUGGACGUAUAAACAGAAACUUUCAACGACUAAACAUUCCUCUUUGUAAAACUGCGACAGGACAGAAAACAUUUUGUUAUAAAAGUGUAUCUAUCUGGAACAAGUUAGAUCCAAGCCUUAAAUUAUGUAAGAGUUCCGCUUCCUUUAAGAGAGCUCUAAAAAAAUCCCCUUUUGAAUGAAUUUUUAAACUGACCAUAUUUUAUUUAAAGACAUAUAAUUCGUAUUAUAUUGUAUAUAUUUUAAUUUGUGAUCCAAUUUCUUUACUGAAAAGCGGCAGAUGGGGAUGUGUUCAAUACGUGUAUGUAAAUGUAUCUCUACUUUUUCCCGUCUAAAGAAGGCACCGAUGACGUAAUUCUUUGGUCAUACAGGUUUGAAUACCUUAGACUCUCUAAACUCAAAUGUGAAAGAACAGAGAACAAUUCUUUUCAAAAAGUUCCUUAUUAACACGUUGACCGAACGCUUAUCAAUAUGAUAUCCAAUACGUUUUGUUCGCGUUUUGUUUAAAAAAUCAAUUUGUGUGUUCUUAAUGCUCUACCCUACUAUCUUUUCUUUUUAAAAUUGUUAAAAUCUAAGAUUUAUGCAUAAUUCUGCUGUCACCUAAGCAAAAUCACCAAAAGUUUGUAGUCACUUAGGCGAAGAAAAUUAAUAAGUGAAAAGUGUUUUUACAUUUCUAUAAUUUCGAUCAUCUUAUUAGAAGAAAUCCACCGGUUUUCUUUGGCCUGGCCUAGACUUGAGAAAUAUCACCCAAGAAAGAAAGAGUACUUUUGACCAAUUUAAAAAACCGGCUAACGGGUGCUUUUAAAUAAAUUAUGGCUAACCUCUGAGUGAACACAUAUCAAAAUUGAAAUGCCUUCUAAACCCCUUAUAUAUCACAAAAUUGAGGAACACAAACGAUUUCUUGUUGCAUGUGGUGCGUUACGAGGAGCGAGCUUGUCAACUUUUGAAAUUUUUGACGUCGCAAAAGGUCAAAAAAGGGCUUUUUGCAGCUUUGACUAUUGAGAGCUCUCAAAGGAUUUUUUAAGGUAUUUCCAGAAUUCAACGUGGUUUUAUUUACCUACUACCAAAGAUAAUUUAAUGGGCAGAGUUUGAGGCAAAACUUUUCUCUGAUGCGAAAGGCCUUGGACCACUCUUACAGAGAUCGCCACUUAAUUGAUAUGCAGUACCGUAAGAAAUUGCCUUCAUAACCCAUUAAAUGCAGCGGAUAUUGAUCAUGUCGAGUUCAGAGUCUGCCUAGUUUCCGAGCCCCUCGACCGUGUAGUGUUCGCAAAAUUUUGCACCCUCAGAGAGAAAUGUUUUAUUUUUAAGUUGUUUUCAAAAUGAAAAAAAUAUCUGUUUGAUUACGGUUUUUUUUUCAUGUUAUUAUGAAUUAACAAACUUCGUGUCAAUAAUAUCUGCUUCAGCCUUCAACUUCGUCUGAUAACUCAGACCUAAGUGGUGAUAUUUCACGAUAUCAUUCUCAGUGUCAUCGUAUAAUUGCUAAUUUUUCCGAGAGUAAUGGCGUCAUAUAGCGUGUCGGUAAGAAUGCCUCAUAAAACUAACAACUAAUUCUUUUUCAGAUAGAUUUGACCCAACUGGAAUUAUUGAUAAUAUUCGUCAACUCUACAAAAAUCGGGAAGGUUGGCUGGCACCGUUUCCCUGGUGUGAAGAUUUUCACUUCUCCUUUGACGACAUCUACACCAGACUUAAAGUCAUCUACAGAGAGAAAACGAGAGGAACCGCAACAGACCGAGUUGUCACGAUGUCUGAAAUCUUCAACCAGCACGAGGAAUGUGAAGAACCAAGAGUAGUGUUAAUUGAAGGGAAGCCUGGUAUGGGAAAGACCACUUACUGUAAAAAAGUUGUUUUCGACUGGGCCACAGGAAAACACGCAACCGGAAAUUGCUUCACAAACUUCGUAAUAGUGCUUUUGAUCAAAUGUCGUGAUGUUCAGUCUGGCCUUUGGGAGGCCAUUGAAGAUCAAAUUCUGCCUCGAGAAGUUGGUGAAGACGAACGCGAGAGAUUCUUCGACUUCAUUCGCCACAACCAAUCUAAUGUUCUUCUAAUACUCGAUGGAUUGGAUGAAGUUUCUGAGGAGAAGCUAGCUAUGUUUUCAGAAGUUAUUGAAGGGCGAGUACUGCCAAACUGUCGCGUGGUUGCUACGGCACGACACGAAGCUGGAGUCAAAGUUCGAAAAUACUGCGACACGCUGUUAGAAGUUGAGGGAUUUACUGAAAAGGAUGUACACUCCUUCAUCAGAAAGUACUUCAAAGACAAACCAAACUUGGCCCAGCAGCUUACCAAACACAUAUUUGCUGAUUACAAUUUAUAUGAAAUAUCGACGAAUCCUCUCAACACUGCGCUUCUUUGCCUGGUCUAUGAAGAUUUGAACGGUGUAUUUCCUAAAAGCAGAACGAAGCUGUACAUGGAAAUAGUAGAGUGUGUAUUGAGAAGGUACAGAACAAAGCAGCAACUACCAGAGAACGGUGAAGACCUUGUUGACCUUUACGAAAGCCAAUUGAAACACCUUGGUUCGAUAGCUUUGAAAGGUUUACUUGAAGACAACUUGGAUUUUGACGAGAAGGAGCUUGGAAAACACAAAGCAAGCAAUUUACCUGGAUUCGGAUUUCUGUCAGUUCAGCCUGGAGGCAGUAAACUAAGACCAACCAGACGUUAUGGCUUUCUUCACAAGACUUUCCAAGAAUUCUUCGCAGCAUUCUACCUCAGUCGUCAGCUUAUCCGGAAAGAAAUCAGCACGAACAGCAUAGCUGCUGACGAAAAAUAUCGCUAUCAGCUGAAAGAAGUGCUUCUGUAUACAUUCGGUAUGCUUGCAGCACUAUGCGAGAAAACAGCGGUAAACCUUCUUAAAAGUAUAACAACAAAAAAGAUAGACUUUACUCUUAUAUUAGAGUGUGUUGAUGAAUGCAAAAAGGAAAACAAAAGUGUUACUGAAAAAUUGGCUUCCGCCGUUGGUGCUUCUCUUAAAAUUAAAUUUCUAAUUUUUUCAGAGAAAGAACUAGAUGAAACUUUUGUUCUCUUUUUAAACAACGUUCUUAAAACAAAUACAACUGUGACAACGUAUAAAGUGUGUAACUCUUUGAUAGAUGUGGCUGCUGCUCUAGCUGAGAGUUUGAAAUAUAACAAAUCGCUGACAACGUUGAAUUUGAGUUUUAAUGAAAUUGGCGAUAAUGGUGCUGCUGCUCUGGGUGAGUGUUUGAAAUAUAACAAAUCGCUGACAACGUUGAAUUUGGAUAAUAAUAAAAUUGGUGAUGAUGGUGCUGCUGCUCUGGGUGAGUGUUUGAAAUAUAACAAAUCGCUUACAACGUUGAAUUUGAAUCAUAAUGAAAUCGGUGAUUGUGGUGCUGCUGCUCUUGGUGAGUGUUUGAAAUAUAACAAAUCGCUGACAACGUUGAAUUUGAGUUUUAAUGAAAUUGGCGAUGAUGGUGCUGCUGCUCUGGGUGAUUGUUUGAAAUAUAACAAAUCGCUGACAUCGUUGGAUUUGGAUAACAAUAAAAUUGGUGGUGAUGGUGCUGCUGCUCUGGGUGAGUGUUUGAAAUAUAACAAAUCGCUGACAACGUUGAACUUGGGUUCUAAUGAAAUUGGUAAUGAUGGUGCUGCUGCUCUGGGUAAGUGUUUGAAAUGUAACAAAUCGCUGACAACUUUGCACUUGGGUUCUAAUGAAAUUGGCGAUGAUGGUGCUGCUGCUCUUGGUGAGUGUUUGAAAUAUAAAAAAUCGCCGACAACGUUGAAUUUGGGUUUUAAUGAAAUUGGUGAUGAUGGUGCUGCUGCUCUGGGUGAGUGUUUGAAAUAUAACAAAUCGCUGACAACGUUGAAUUUGGGUUUUAAUGAAAUUGGCGAUGAUGGUGCUGCUGCUCUGGGUGAGUGUUUGAAAUAUAACAAAUCGCUGACAACGUUGAAUUUGGAUAAUAAUAAAAUUGGUGAUGAUGGUGCUGCUGCUCUGGGUGAGUGUUUGAAAUAUAACAAAUCGCUUACAACGUUGAAUUUGAAUCAUAAUGAAAUCGGUGAUUGUGGUGCUGCUGCUCUUGGUGAGUGUUUGAAAUAUAACAAAUCGCUGACAACGUUGAAUUUGAGUUUUAAUGAAAUUGGCGAUGAUGGUGCUGCUGCUCUGGGUGAUUGUUUGAAAUAUAACAAAUCGCUGACAUCGUUGGAUUUGGAUAACAAUAAAAUUGGUGGUGAUGGUGCUGCUGCUCUGGGUGAGUGUUUGAAAUAUAACAAAUCGCUGACAACGUUGAACUUGGGUUCUAAUGAAAUUGGUAAUGAUGGUGCUGCUGCUCUGGGUAAGUGUUUGAAAUGUAACAAAUCGCUGACAACUUUGCACUUGGGUUCUAAUGAAAUUGGCGAUGAUGGUGCUGCUGCUCUUGGUGAGUGUUUGAAAUAUAAAAAAUCGCCGACAACGUUGAAUUUGGGUUUUAAUGAAAUUGGUGAUGAUGGUGCUGCUGCUCUGGGUGAGUGUUUGAAAUAUAACAAAUCGCUGACAACGUUGAAUUUGGGUUUUAAUGAAAUUGGCGAUGAUGGUGCUGCUGCUCUGGGUGAGUGUUUGAAAUAUAACAAAUCGCUGACAACGCUGUAUUUGAAUCGUACUAUAAUUGGUGAUGAUGGUGCUGCUGCUCUGGGGGAGUGUUUGAAAUAUAACAAAUCGCUGACAACGUUGAAUUUGAAUCGUACUAAAAUUGGUGGUGAUGGUGCUGCUGCUCUGGGUGAGUGUUUGAAAUAUAACAAAUCGCUGACAAUGUUGAAUUUUAAUUAUAAUGAAAUUGGUGAUGAUGGUGCUGCUGCUCUGGUUGUUGCGCAGGAGUGCCAUCCACAUCUGGCAAUACUUGGCUUAUCACGAAAACAUGUCUACCUUGCCUUAUGA